AUGAAUAGUGUUUGGUUGUUGGUUGCUGCUAAAGAAAGAAAAAUGCCACCAAAACCAUCAGUAGUUGUAGAUGAAGAGUUAGUUGAAAAGUUUAAAAAGAUCGGAUUGGAUGCGACCAAAGCAAAGGAAGCUGCCUCCAAUGCUAAUCUCUCGACUAGUUUACAAGAGGUCAUGAAGGAAGCAGAGACAGUCGACGGUUGCGAUAAGGAUGUCGGUCAAUUGCUCUACUUGAUCUCGAUCAAGUAUCCAGCGAACGCCUUGAAGCACCGUGCCACCCUGGCGAAAUUCAUUGCCGCCAAGACGGUGACAUCGAUCAACGUCACACAAUCGAUGGACUACCUGAGAAAGGUUGCCGGACAAGAGUUGGAUCUCGCCGAUUUCACGGCGUCGUGCGGUGUCGGUGUCGUCAUCACUCGUGAGCAAGUCCGUGAUGCCGUUGCCGCCUAUGUCGCCGAGCGUCUCGACGACCUGAAGCAAUCGCGUUAUCGUUACAACAUGGGUGUCUACUUGGCACAAGUCCGUGAGCGUUUAAAGUGGGCCGAUGCCAAGGAUAUCAAGGAGGAGAUGGAUGCCAAAGUCCUCGAAGUUCUCGGUCCAAAAACCGAAGCCGACAAUGCACCACUACCAAAGGAACCGAAAGCACCAAAAGCCAAACCUGCUGCUGCAGUUGCUGCUGACGAGAAUAACAACUCACCACUUCCAUUUGAGAUUGAAAAACAAUCGAUUACAUUCCCAGAUCCAUCUGAUAAUAUUCAACAAACACCAGAGAUUCUGGCUAAACAUCUAAAGACUACAGGUGGAAAGAUCGUUACUAGAUUCCCACCAGAACCAAAUGGAUACUUACACAUUGGACAUGCCAAAGCUAUGCAUCUCGAUUUCGGAUACGCCAAGAAGAACGGUGGUAAAUGUUAUCUUCGUUUCGACGAUACCAAUCCAGAGAAAGAAUCACAAGAAUAUAUUGAUUCAAUUAUUGAUUCAGUAAAAUGGUUAGGACAUGAACCAUGUGAGAUUACAUAUUCCUCACAAUAUUUCGAUGAAUUAUAUGAUUUGGCAGUGGAAUUGAUCAAGAGAGGAUUCGCUUAUGUAUGUCAUCAAACUGCAGAUGAAAUCAAAAAGGGACGUGAGGAGAUGACAGAUUCACCGUUCAGAAACAGAUCGGUCGAAGAGAACUUGCGUUUGUUUGACGAUAUGAGAAAAGGAAAGAUUGAAGAGGGUAAAGCAAUCCUCAGAAUGAAGGGUGACAUGAAGCAUCCGAAUCCAUGCAUGCGUGAUCUCAUUGCCUAUCGUAUCAAGUUCCAUCCACAUCCAGUCAGCGGUGACAAGUGGGUGAUCUACCCAUCGUACGAUUACACCCAUUGCUUGGUCGACUCGAUCGAGAACAUCACUCACUCGCUCUGUACAUUGGAAUUUGAGGUGCGUCGUCUCAGCUACAACUGGUUGAUCGACGUCCUCGGACUGUAUCGUCCAGUGGUCUGGGAGUACGCGCGUCUCAACCUGACUCACACCGUGCUCUCCAAGCGUAAGAUCAUCCGUCUCGUCAAGGAGAAGGUUGUCAACGGUUGGGACGAUCCACGUCUGAGCACAUUGAAUGCAUUCCGUCGUAAGGGUUACACUCCAGAGUCGAUCAACUUACUCUGCGAGACCAUCGGUGUCACCCGUACCAACAACACCACGAUUCCCUACGAGUUGCUCGAGUUCUGCUUGCGUCAAGAUCUCAACGACAAGGUCACUCGUGCAAUGGUUGUCUUUGAUCCAAUCAAGGUGGUCAUCACCAACUACCCAGAGAACGAAUCGGAGGAGAUCACCGUCAAGAACAUUCCCCACAUUGCCACAUCGGGAACUCACACCGUGCCAUUCUCGCGUGUCGUCUACAUCGAGCGUAACGACUUCCGUUUGCAAGACGACGCCAACUUCUUUGGUUUGGCACCAAACAAGGAGGUUCUCUUGAAGUACGCCUACAACAUCAAGUGUAACGAAGUGAUCCAAGACGCCGCCGGAAAGGUCGUCGAGUUGCGUGUCACCUACGACAAGACCAACGCCACCAAGACCAAGACAAUUCACUGGGUCAGCUCCAAGGCCGGUGCACAACCAACUCCAGUCGAGAUCCGUCUCUACGAGCACCUCUUCACCCAAGAGGAUCUCGGUGACGACUGGUUCGACCAAGUCAAUCCAAACUCCCUCAAAAUCAUCACCACCGCUUUGGCCGACGCCACCGUUCUUGGAUCGAAACCAUACGAUCGUUUCCAAUUCGAGAGAAUCGGUUUCUUCUGCACCGACGAAGAUUCCACCCCAGAGAAAUUGGUAUUCAACAGAACUUGUUUGCUCAAAGAGAACAAAGAAAAGCCAAGUGCCAAAGCAGAUCCAAGAAAGGCAAGAGCUGCACCAAAGAAAUAA